CAGCAAGUAGAAAACCACCUCUUUUCCUCUCACUCUCUAGAACUUCCCACCACCUGUCUUUAUCACUCUCAUUCUCCCAAAAACCCUAAUCUCACCAAAAUGGCAGCCGCCGCACCUCCACCACCUCCAACCGCAGCACCAGAGCCAAACAUGGUCCCAGAAACCUCCCCCAUCGGCCACCCCGUCUUCUCCCGCAUCCGCCUCGCCACGCCUCUCGACGUCCCCUUCAUCCACAAACUCAUCCACCAGAUGGCCGUCUUCGAGCGCCUCACUCACCUCUUCUCCGCCACCGAGUCCAACCUCUCCUCCUCUCUCUUCACCUCCCCUCCCUUCAAAUCCUUCACCGUCUUCCUCCUCGAAGUCUCCCGCUCCCCAUUCCCCGCCACACUCCCUUCCCCUGACUUCACACCUCUCCUCAAAACUCACAACCUCGAUCUCCCUAUAGAAGACCCGGAGAGCCACAACUUUACCCCGGAUACGCUAAACGACGUCGCAGUGGCUGGGUUUGUUCUGUUUUUUCCGAACUACUCGAGCUUUUUGGCGAAGCCUGGGUUUUACAUAGAGGAUAUCUUUGUGAGGGAGCCGUAUAGGAGGAAAGGGUUUGGGAGUAUGCUGCUGACUGCUGUGGCGAAGCAAGCGGUGAAGAUGGGUUACGGGAGGGUGGAGUGGGUUGUGCUUGAUUGGAAUGCGAAUGCUAUUAAGUUUUAUGAGCAGAUGGGUGCUCAGAUUCUUCAGGAGUGGAGGGUUUGUAGGCUUACUGGUGAUGCUCUUCAAGCUUUCGAUAACGUUAACAUCUGAUGAGACCACUCUCUUCUACUCGUUUCGCUUUAAGUUUUACAAGUUUCUUGCUUUGUUGUUGUCUUGUGUGCGUCUUUCUUGUCUUGUUUGUAAGUGUUGGCAUUGAUGUUAAUGGAUGAUGAUGAUGAUUCUCUCUGCCACUUUA